CUCUCACUUCACGCCUUCACCCACACAAAAAAAAAAACUGCUUGUAGAUGAUAACUAAAAAUAGUGAGGAAAAUAAAUAAAUAAAUGAACAAUGACGAGGCAAGCCACCGCUUUCGUUCUUUUAUUUCCCGUCUUCUUCUUCGCUUCUGGUUUCCCUCCUGAAGUUAUCAUAACCCAUACCUCAGAAUCUCCGAAUUUACUGCCAUUCUCAAUUUUAUAUUCUCCAAUUCUCCUUCAUUUUUUGGCCUUUAAUGCUCCCUAUUAACUUGAUUCCAAAUGGGUUUUUCUCCAGUAAUUCAUCCUGGUGGUAGUUCGUUGUUAAAGUAUAGAUUGACCAAGUGAUUUUUAAGCUCACUGUUUUUGUGGUUGUGCUCGUAAAGAGGGGAAAUCAAAGAUGGUGACUGCCAAAUUUGGUUCUUCUUUUUCCUGUGUUUCUUCAUUUAUUCCUUCACCCUUAAAAUCCAAAGGAACUUCCCUUAAGGUAUAUUUGGGAAGACGACUGUUAGACAUGCAGCCAGUUAAUGUGGAACAGCUGAGGAGUACUCAAGUUGAGAAGUCAUGGCAGUUUCUUAAUCAAAACCCAAGGCUCAAGGAGAAAUUACACCAAAGGAAGUGUUUCCCUGACGCUGUUUCUGCAGAUCAAUUUGACAGUAAGGAGAUUGAAAUGGAUUAUCCAGACGAAGAAGCAAACCACUUAUUAGUCGAAGCUGUAGCCGCUUUGGAUGGUUCACAAAUUCCAUCUGAAGGGACCGGAGGAAAGCCUGGCAUAAUCUCAUUUUAUAAUCGGCCUUACAAAUCAGAGGUUAAGAUAGUCCAGUCUAGCUCCAGAAAGAAUCCAAAGAAUCUACUCUGGUUGGCUGGUCCAGCAGUUCUUGUCACCUCUUUCAUCUUUCCCUCUCUCUAUUUGCGCAGGAUUCUUUCGACUAUAUUUGAGGACUCUUUAUUAACAGACUUCCUCAUACUGUUCUUUACAGAGGCUAUUUUUUACUGUGGAGUUGCUAUCUUUCUUCUCCUAAUUGAUUAUUUAAGGAGACCUAUCGAAACGCUGUCUUCUUCAAAUAUCAGGAAUGUUAAUCCGCAAGUAGGACACCGAGUUUCUUCUGUUGCAGUCCUGGUGCUUAAUCUUCUAAUUCCAAUGGUGACAAUGGGGUUUGUUUGGCCAUGGACGGGCCCUGCUGCUUCUGCUACUCUUGCUCCCUAUCUAGUUGGCAUUGUGAUUCAGUUUGCUUUCGAGCAAUACGCAAGAUAUACUAAAUCCCCAUCGUGGUGUGUAAUCCCCAUUUUAUUUCAGGUAAGAACUUGUACCAGUUGUCCAAGUGUUUAUAGCCACUGAUGGUGUUUUUGUUCUUUCUUAUGAAGUUUUUUCUUUUCUUUUCAAAUGUAUGCAUCCUGCGGCUUUAGUCCGAAGUAAAUUUCACAGUUAAAGGGCAAAUGUUAGUUUGUCCCCUUGUGGUUUGGCCAAAUUCUUCAGAUAUCUCCCUUGUUUAAAAACCUACAAGCAGUGGGUUGUACUUUCAAAUGGACGAAAGACACUAGGCGAAAAUAGUGAAAUGCGUGAUAGGCGCUUUGUAGCACAAGAAUUUUGAUGUCAGCUAUAGUAGUGACAAAAUUACCUUAUAACUGAUAGUUCUUUUCAUCAUUCGGGAGAGUAAUGUCAACAAAAAACUGGGGUGUAACCUCCACUUUAAGCAAGUCAUAUGCAGGUUCUCUUCACUGCUAAUAUUUCCUUCAUUUUAAUGCUUCAGUCUGACCCACAGUGCAAGUCAAGAUUUUGUGGAUCGCCAAAUAUAAUUGAGAACUUU